UCGGAGCGGCUAGCUGCAGCUAACUGUUAGCUUUAGCUGCGGGCAGGCGGCUCCCAGCAGAGAUAAACUCUCUCCUCCUUGACUUUUGAUCUCCGUCCGCUCAGAGCUCAGUGUCCAAAGCUCAGAGACGAGGCAGCGAUGCGGAGCUGGUUCCCAAACACCAGGGAAACUACACGGAGGGAAUAACUAUUAAUUAAUUGGUUUAAAGCCAAGCAGCUCGUCCGUAGCCAGAGGAGGAGUGAAAUAUGAGCGGUCAUAACCUGCUGAAGCUGUGGGCUUCAGGUGGAAGCAGAUGGAGACUUCACCAAGGUAUCAGUAGGUGUGGAAAGGCUUGUUAUUCUUCUUCUAAUCCAAAGGUGUGUAUUGUUGGAAGUGGUCCAGCAGGCUUCUACACAGCACAGCAUAUACUCAAGGCUCGUCAAAAUGUUGAAGUGGACGUUUACGAGAGGCUGCCUGUACCCUUUGGCCUGGUUAGGUUCGGAGUGGCACCUGAUCAUCCUGAAGUCAAGAAUGUCAUCAACACAUUCACACAAACAGCCAAACAUUCACGCUGCAGUUUCUACGGCAACGUCAAUGUGGGUAAAGAUGUGAGCAUCGACGAGCUGCAACAAGCCUACCAUGCAGUGGUGCUGAGUUAUGGUGCAGAGGGAAACAGGAGUAUGGGAGUGCCAGGGGAAGACUUGGCUGGAGUGUACUCUGCCAAAGACUUUGUGGGCUGGUACAAUGGGCUGCCCAACUGUCGAGAGCUGAGUCCAGACUUGAGUUGUGAAACAGCAGUCAUUCUGGGUCAAGGUAACGUGGCCUUGGAUGUAGCAAGAAUCCUGCUAUCUCCUGUCGACAUUUUGAAGAAAACUGACAUCACCCAGCCGGCCCUGGAGGCACUAGCAGAGAGCCAAGUCCGCAGAGUAUUGAUAGUUGGCAGGAGAGGACCUAUGCAGAUAGCGUGCACGAUUAAGGAGCUCAGAGAAAUGGUGAACCUGCCGACCACCAGACCCGAGAUGGUAGCAGCUGAUUUUGAGGGCGUUACAGAGGCUCUUAAAGAUUUGCCGAGGCCCAGGAAGCGUCUGACAGAGCUGAUGCUGAAGACAGCCCUGGAGAAACCGGGGGAGAAGGAGCAGGAAAGACGGAUCAAGGCCUCCCGCAUCUGGGGCUUCCGCUUCUUUCGGAGCCCCGUGGAAGUCCUGGCCAACCACAACAGGGUAGCUGGCAUCCGACUGGCUGUCAACAAGCUGGAGGGUGAGGGUGAGGGAGCCCAGGCUGUGCUCACUGGAGAAGUGGAGGAUGUGACCUGUGGCCUGGUCGUGAGCAGCAUCGGCUACAAGAGCCUCCCCAUCGACCCUUCAGUGCCGUUCGACUCCCGCAAAGCCAUCGUCCCAAACGUCAUGGGGCGAGUUCAGCAAACUGCAGGUCUGUAUUGUAGCGGCUGGCUGAAAACGGGCCCCACAGGCGUGAUAGCCACCACUAUGAACAACAGCUUCGACACUGCCAGAUCUGUGAUGGAGGACAUGGACUCUGGAUCACUGGAUGUAUCUGCUGCCAAGCCUGGGUCAAAAAGCAUCAGUGCACUGCUAGAAAAGAGAGGAAUAAAACCGGUUACUUUCUCAGACUGGGAGAAGAUUGACAAUGUGGAGAUGAGUAGGGGUGAGGCCUGUGGAAAACCCAGAGAAAAAGUACUGACUGUGGAGGAAAUGCUGCAGGUGGCUUGGACAUGACUGAAGGUCACAAAGUGUUUACAAGUGAACACAGGACACUGAAUACUUGUUGCAGUUUAAAAAUAACAGCACUGGUUACAGUAUCAACGGGGACCUUAUUGAUUGACAACAAUGGCGACACAAUAGAAAUGGGAUUAUGAAGAUAUCAUCAUGGAAGUAAUUCAUAAUAUACACAUGGUACACAUUAAAUGCCUCUAAGGCCUGUUUUUUACCCAGAUUUAUUUGUCUCUGUCAUUCAGUUGUUACCUUGUUCUACAAUAUCAAACCAAAACACUUGAAGACUGACAAACAGACCUGUUGCACUGAAAAACAGAACUCUAUUAGAUGCCAUUACUAUAGAAUUUGUGCAUUGGAUGUCUGUGACAAGAAAAACUUUGUGGUGACUGAAAUGUUUUUACACUUCAUAUUAUGGCAUUUAACAUCUUUAAUGUGUUUUCUAGAAAAUAAAAGUGACUUAUGUUGA